AUGGCACCUAAAAAGUCCGGAGGACGUAUAAUGCGAAAGCGUUUUAAAGCUUGCAAAAUUAAAGUUGUUUCUGUGUCUACAUCGGGGAAUAAAAGAACUCGUAGUGUUGACCUCCAUGGAUCAACUUCCGAGGUAAAAUUGCAAAAUUCCGAAGUCGAGGAGAUUGUAGAUACACCGAUGACUUGCCCGAGCACCACGACUGGUUUGCUAGAAAGUGAUGGUGAGGACGCGAGUCAGUCGAAUACAAAUAUGCCCUCAAAGCAUGAAAAAAGAAGAACGAGAGAGUUCGAGGAAUGGGAAAAGAUCAGGGAAAGGCUUCUGAGUAGCCGUUAUGAGGUGGAUUUCUUUGUAGAGGGCAUAAUUUGUUGUCAGUGCGAUUCACCUGCUGACGUUCGCUGUAAGGAUUGUGGGCACGACGUGCACUAUUGUUAUAACUGUGCCAAAGCAAGUCAUGGUGGACGAAAUUAUUUCCAUGUCCUUGAAAUGUUUAAGGCUGGUUGUUUUGUACCAUUGUUUCCUAAUCAUAUUGUGAUGAGCUCAAGCCAUCAAAGAAACUGCCCGACUUCCAUUGCUAGAAAUAUUGUGUGUAUUGAUGAGUAUGGACGGCAACAUCUAAAACAAAUACUUUUCUGUAACUGUGAAAGUGAUGUGGCAACAUUGGUAAAGAUGCAGCUGUGGCCUAGUUCUGCAAAGCGCCCUGUUAUGGCAUUUCACUACAAGCUAAUGGAGUUGUUAGAAGCACUUGUGAUGGAAUGUCAAGUCUCUCUUCAAAAGUUUUGUGACAUGUUGGGAAUUAUUAAUAAAUCCCCCAUGUUGCCUAAGUGGGUGAAAAAUGUUUAUUCUUGUUUAAACAGUGAUUCUUUUGAUGAAUUUCGCUACCACCAGUAUAUGAGAAGAAAUGGCAAGUUGUACGUCAACAAGGAUAUGGAGAUGGAUGAGCUUUGUCCUCUUUGCCCAAAGGGUCAUACAGGAAGUGUAGUGGAGUCUAUGGAUGGUUGUUUUGGGCUCGUUAGGAAGAAAUCAGCUGGUGCGAAUUUUAUUCCUUCCAGGCAUGGUCUCACUAUGUUUGCAGACCAAAAUGAUGUUGACAAUUUUGUUGACAAUUACACUGAAAGUGCUAAACAGGCCACUGUGAAUUGCAAUGAAUUCAAGUCUGGGGAGGUAACUGAUAUGCUCAGAUCUAAAGGGAAGAACAAGCUCUAUGACGAAAAAGGUGUUUUUGGGCGUGUUUGUAGGCACGGCUUCCCCAAAGGAUUCCUCAGCAUUAAACAUGGUGAAAGGAUUGCUUAUUCCGUUUAUGAAGUUGAGCGUCUGUUGAGCAAACAUAACGGUACAGCCGUUAACAUCAAAGUUACAUAUGAUAUAGCGUGUACACUGGAAGCCCAUUUGAAGAAAAACGAAAGGAAGGAUAUUCUGAAUGCAGUUAGUUUUGCUAUACCUAUUUUUCACUGUUACGGACACAAGUCAGCAUGCCAGAUAAAGUUUAGCCCAAGACGGCAACGAGGCUAUGCUCUUACAGACGGGGAGGGGAUUGAAAGAUUGUGGUCCUAUUUGCGAGGUUUCUCUUCAAUGACAAAAGAAAUGAGUGCUGGUCGCCGAACAGACAUGCUUACAGAUGCCCUAUUACAUUAUUCAACACGGCAACUCCUUGCAUGUGGGGAGCAACUUUUAACAAAGCUGAAGAGGUGUCCAAUUCUUAUAGAAAACACUGUGUUACAGCUAACAGAAGUUUUUUCUGGCCUGUCGGUUCCUUAUGAUGAAGUAGUGGUUUCAUCGUGGAUGAGAGAUGAAGAGAAUCUGAUUUUAGCAAGAGAUAAGAAGACAGUGGUAUUGACAUGGGAGCAAAAAUAUGUUCAAAAUCUUAUUCACCUCCAUCAACUAAGGUUAAAUGUCGCCUCUAUUGAAGAGGGUGAUCACAACCAAUUGGGGAAGUGUGUGACGAAAAUUGUAAGGAAUAUAGAGAAAAGUAACAAAGUCUCAAAGAGGUGGAAACCUGGGGAAAAACACUUUAAUGCAUCAGCUUUAUGUUUGGAAGAACAAAGACGUAGUACAGUUGUUGACCAGACGUAUAAUUUAGCUGUUGAAAGACUUUUUUUGAUUUCUCUCAAGAGGAAAUAUUCUGAUGGACAAGCCAUAGCGUCAAAGCUGUCCAAGCAGAUCACCCGUAAAACCAAUGCAAUCAAAAGCGUUAUAACGAAAUAUAAUGCUUCUUUGACUGCUCUACAAGACUGCGUUGACGGACUACCUGACGAGCUGAAAUUUGACAUAGCAAAAGACCCAGAGUCGUCACUUUAUUCCAACUUCUCCACCCAACGGCCUGUCGAGACUGUUCCUUUUUCCGUCAAGAGAUCCGCAAUUGACCUGCAAAAUUUCCUCGAAAGAUGCAAAGAGGAGCAGGAACUUUUGUUAGAGGAAGUUGAAAACCUGUUUAUGUAUUACAUUGAAAAGCGAGAUAAUUUCACAGAAAUUUUAGAACGACGUUGUCUUGAGGAAUCCAGGCUAUCGAAUGGGAUUUGCAAUCAUAUAAGAAAGGAGAUUUGCGAGAUAAACAACGUGUUGGUGUCUUUGCGUUUGACACUUUCCGAUUAUAUAAAACCAUGGCUUGCAGAAAAACUUGAUAGCGUUGACAGUACAUCGUCUUUUCAUAUGUCAAAUGUCUUAGAAACGUGUGUUGAAGAGGAAAGUGAAAUAGAAUGCAUAGAUAAAGAUGCCAUAGAGGAUCUUGUGGACUUGCUAGAUGACAGAGACGAAGACGAGGAAUGA